GCCUCAAAGUCUUGUUCGCCGCGCCCCGGACGUCCCGCUGACCGCGUGUGUGCUUCUGAGAAAUGUCUACCAAUGAGACAGAAGCCCCUGCCAGCACGCCGGUGACACCUGAAGAACCGGUACAGCAGCCCAGCGUGAUGGACCGAGUGGCCAGCAUGCCCCUCAUCAGCUCCACCUGCAACAUGGUAUCGGCAGCCUACACCUCCACCAAGGAGAGCUACCCCCAUGUCAAGACCGUCUGCGAUGUGGCGGAGAAAGGCAUGAAGACCCUCACAGCGGCUGCCAUCAGUGGGGCCCAGCCCAUUCUGUCCAAGCUGGAACCCCAGAUCACAUCAGCCAGUGAAUACGCCCACAGGGGGCUGGAUAAGCUGGAGGAGAACCUGCCCAUCCUACAGCAACAGUCGGGGAAGGUCCUGGCGGAUACCAAGGAACUCAUGUCAUCUAAGGUGUCAGGGGCCCGAGAAGCUGUGUCCAAUACGAUGUCCAGUGCAAAGGACACAGUGGCCACCCGCAUGACGGAGGCAGUAGAUGUGACCAGGGGAGCUGUGCAGAGUGGUGUGGACAUGACCAAGUCCGUGGUGACCAACAGUGUCCACUCGGUCAUGGGGUCUCGCGUGGGCCAGAUGGUGCUGAGCGGAGUGGACACAGUGUUGGGCAAGUCGGAGGAAUGGGUGGACAACCAUCUGCCUAUGACAGACUCUGAGCUGGCCCACCUCGCCACACCCCUGGAGGGCGACGAUGUCUCCGUGCAGCAGCAGCGGCAGGAGCAGAGCUACUUCGUGCGUCUGGGCUCCCUGUCGGAGCGGCUGCGCCAACAGGCCUACAAACAUUCGCUGGGCAAACUGCAGCACACCAGGCAGAGGGCCCAGGAGGCCCUGCUGCAGCUGACACAGGCACUCAGCCUGAUGGAAAAUGUCAAGCAGGGAGUUGAUCAGAAGCUGGUGGAAGGUCAGGAGAAACUACACCAGAUGUGGCUCAACUGGAACCAGCAGCAGCUCCAGGGCAAGGAGGGGGACCCAGUAAAGCCAGAGCAGGUCGAGUCCCAGACGCUCGCCAUGUUCCGUGACAUUGCCCAGCAGCUGCAGGCCACCUGUACCUCGUUGGGGUCCAGUAUCCAGGGGCUGCCCACCCAUGUGAAGGACCAGGUGCUGCAGGCUCGCCGCCAGGUGGAGGACCUCCAAGCCACCUUUUCUGGCAUUCAUUCCUUCCAGGACCUGUCCAGCAGCAUCCUGACGCAGAGCCGUGAGCGAGUUGCCAAGGCCCGGGAGGCCCUUGACCACAUAGUCGAGUAUGUGGCUCAAAACACACCCAUCACAUGGGUGGUGGGACCCUUCGCCCCCGGAGUCACUGAGAAAGCCCCAGAAGAGAAGAAGUAGGAUAGACAGGAAGGGGGCUCGGGGUCUCGGUCCCUCCCUGAGGGGCCGACAAGGAGCACUGGACUCCUUGCCCCCAGCUCAUCUCAGCUAUUGCUUGGGAAGCUGAGGUCUUCCAAACAGACCAGCCCCUCCCUGUCUCUGACCCUGGAGGAGGCAUGUUCUGAGCCUUACGUCAUCAGUCAUUAGUGUGAGGUUUCUGGAAAUUUUUUUUCUGGAAGUUUCAAACAAAUUGUUUUAGGAGAAGGUUCCCAAAAAAUGUUUUUUCUUUCCUAAAAAUCAGGGAUAUAGUUCUUCUACCCCACUUCCUUUUCUAUAUCAAGGGCCACAGACUUCAGUCAUCAGGUAUUGGAUGGACUUCUGGUCUGUGAAGUGGGCCUCCUGCGACAGGUUGGAGGUGGGGCCACCUAGGUGCAUUCUAGAGCAGAAGGGGGCUGAGGCCUGCCUGGCAAGCCGUAGGUGCCUGGAGUUUGUGUUGCCUUAAUAAAUUUUAUC